AAUAAAAGCUGUGGUCCCCAGCAGUUCUGGACACUGGGGGACACUGGGGGACUCUGGGGCAACAUGAGUGACUCCCAGGAACCAAGAUUACAGCAGAUGGGCUUCCUGGAGGAGGAAGAACUUGGAUUCCAACAGACUCGAGGCUACAAGAGCUUAGCAGGGUGUCUUGGUCACGGCCCCCUGGUGCUGCAACUCCUCUCCUUCACACUCUUGGCUGGGGUCCUGGUGGCCAUCCUUGUUCAAGUGUCCAAGGUCCCCAGCUCCAUAAGUCAGGGACAAUCCAAGCAAGAGGAGAUCUACCAGGAACUGACCUGGCUGAAGGCUGCAGUGGGUGAGCUCCCAGAGAAAUCCAAGCAAGAGGAGAUCUACCAGGAGCUGACCCAGCUGAAGGCCGCAGUGGGUGAGCUCCCAGAGAAAUCCAAGCAACAGGAGGUCUACCAGGAGCUGACACGGCUGAAGGCCGCAGUGGGUGAGCUCCCAGAGAAAUCCAAGCAGCAGGAAAUCUACCAGGAGCUGACACGGCUGAAGGCUGCAGUAAGUGAGUUGCCAGACAGGUCCAAGCAACAGGAGAUCUACCAGGAACUGUUGCAGCUGAAGGCUGCAGUGGGUGAGUUGCCAGAGAAAUCCAAGCAGCAGAUCUACCAGAAACUGACCGAGUUGAAGGCUGCAGUGGGUAAGCUCCCAGAGAAAUCCAAGCAACAAGAGAUCUACCAGGAACUGACCCAGCUGAAGGCUGCAGUGGAACGCCUGUGCCGCCCCUGUCCCUGGGAAUGGACAUUCUUCCAAGGAAACUGUUACUUCAUUUCUAACUCCCAGCGCAACUGGCCCAACUCUGUCACCGCCUGCCAGGAAGUGGGGGCCCAGCUUGUCAUAAUCAAAAGUGAUGAGGAGCAGAACUUCCUACAGCUGCAGUCUUCCAGAAGCAACCGCUUGGCCUGGAUGGGACUUUCAGACCUAAAGCAGGAAGGCACAUGGCAGUGGGUGGAUGGCUCACCUCUGUCACCCAGCCUCAGGCGGUAUUGGAACCAAGGAGAGCCCAACAAUAUCGGGGAGGAAGACUGCGCGGAAUUUAACGGCAAUGGCUGGAACGACGACAGAUGUAGCGCCGCCAAAUUCUGGAUCUGCAAAAAGUCCGCAGCCUCCUGCUCCAGGGAUGAAGAAAGGCUUCUCUCCUGAGCCCCUACCACCUCAAAUCCCCAUGCUGGGUAGCAGAAUUUCACCCAGCUCUCUGGGGGAAAAAGUCCUGAUGUGUUGUGUUUGCCCAUUACCCUGGUACAAAUAUUCCCGCCGUGGCUGAUUUCAAACAUCAAUGUGAUGUCAUUCAGUGCAGAGCUGAAAGGAGAUGUGCGUGACCAGCAAUUAGGAAAUGGCUGGUUCUGGAUCCAAUGUAUUAAGCCCAGUUAGGAGUAAAUUUGGGUGGACAUGCACUUUGAAGCUGCAGUUUCUUCUCUCCAUCCUUGGACCUUCACAAAAUCUCUGGGACUGUUCUCUGUCAGAUUCAUCCUCCUUUAGAAGGCUGGGUCCCAUUCUGUCCUUCUUGUCAUACUUCCAAUUUCCCCUGGUGUAGAGCUUGUUUUUCUGGUCCAUCCUUGGAGCUUUACAAAUGAGCUGGUGUGGGAUGCCUUUGCAGGGUGGGCUUGUGUCCCAUGAAUCUGCUCUCUCUUCCUUUAAGAGAUAAGAAUUGGUUGCCAUGUGUAGUUUCCUUGUCCCCUGGGGCAUUAUCUCAUACAUCCAAACCUACCCUCUGUUCAACUUUCACCUACCCCCUCCUGCACCCCUUUGACUGGGACUUACUGGUUGCAAAUGCUCAUUUUACAGGCUGGAAACACCAGGGAAUUGAUUUCCCAUCUACCAAUGGCAUCCCAAGAGGGCAUGGAGGCUCCAUGUAAUCCCUUCCACCUCCCACACCUUCUUUGGUCCUAUACAUGGCUUCCAUUGGGCUGUUUCUAAGUUGUAGCAUUUAUUAAUAUUAUUAUUUUUUGAGACAGAGUUUCACUCUAGUUGCCCAGGCUGGAGUGCCAUGGUGCAAUCUCGGCUCACCACAACCUCUGUCUCCCAGGUUCAAGUAAUUCUCCUGCCUCAGCCUCCCCAGUAGCUGGGACUACAGGCAUGUACCACCACACCCAGAUAAUUUUUUGUAUUUUUAGUAGAGAUGGCGUUUCUCCCUGUUGGUCAGGCUGGUCUCAAACUCUCGACCUCAAGGUGAUCCGCCCAUCUCGGCCUCCCAAAGUGUUGGGAUUACAGGUGUGAGCCACUAUGCCUGGUCUAUUAUUUUUUAAAGAAUAAAACAAGUUUAUUUGGAUCUGGGAGUCUGAACAGUUCUGACUCUACGAACUGAUGUCCUCCUGCCACGACUUCGGGAUCUAGAGGAACUUUGGCUCUGGCUGCAAUGGCUCCUGCGGCUCUGGCUCCAGCUGCCCCGGCCCCUGCUGUGGUGCCUGUUUCUUCCUCUACUUUGAACCGUGCCUCUCCUGACUCACUGAUGUGUGCUUGUGAGAUUUCUUCCCCUGUGACUACUCCUUUUCCUCUCGGAUUCCCCAUUUCUUUUGUAGGAGUAUUCGUCGUGGUGGCCCAUCCUCUCCCUCCUCGGAGUUCUUGCCAAAAGAGGAGGCAGUCCGAUUCAGAGAUAAGCAGAUGUGUCUCUAUUCACUUCCCAGAAUUCACUGAUGGGAUUUCUGAACACAGGGAGAAAAUUGCAGUGUUUUCCUGUCGGAUGUUGUUGUUUUUCAAACGAACUACAAAUCGCCAUUUUCCACCGGAUCACUGGGCAGAAUUCACACUGAAGGUGUGGUCCUGUAUACCAUCGUUUGUUAAACAGAGAAAGGGCUGCUUGUUAUUCUGCUUCCAACUGGUAGUGAACAUAUAUAUUGCCCCUCAGGUGAGGUUUCAAGUUGCAGCUGACCCUGAGCUGAAUCACUCUCCCCACGUUCUUGAACUCGGGCAGCACAUCCUCAUAGAAAUCUAGGAAUUGUGGGUAGGUUUCUUCCUUGCUGUCCUCCAGGAUGGCGUCAGGGUCAUAGUCAUUCCUCCUACACUGCUCCAUCCCAAACAUUAUAAACAUGGUCUCAAUAAGAAGGGUAGCAGCACUUUGGGAGGCCGAGGUGGGUGGAUCACCUGAGGUCAGGAGUUCAAGACCAACCUGAUUAACAUGGGCAACCCCGUUUCUACUAAAAAUACAAACUCCCAGGGCGUGGUGGUGCAUGCCUGUAAUCCCAGCUACUCGGGAGGCUGAGGCAGGACAGUCGCUAGAACCUGGGAGGCAGAGGUUGUGGUGAGUUGAGAUCAUGCCAUUGCACUCCAGCCUGGGCAACAAGAGCAAAGCUCCAUCUCAAUAAUAAUAAUAAUAAUAAUGGCGGGGCUGGAUGUUGGGAAAUUAUGUUUACGUGAACAUCCAUCUCCAAAUCUGCAAGCUCCUGUUUUGCUCUAGAAGGGACAAUUAGCUCCAUCCUUCUCCCUUACUCUGAAAUUCGCGGCUGAUUUUUGGAUUUUGCCAUGUGGAGCCAUUUUCCAACUCAUGUUCAGCCUGAUCCAGCAUCUUCUGCACAGCUUCUGUUUUUCUUUCUUCUCCUGUCGUUUCUGCUCCUGCUCUUCUCUCUCUUCCUCUACUGUUCUUCCCAUUGUUGCUUUAACUUUCUCUCUUGUUCUUCUUGCUGUUUUCUAGCCGCUUCUUCCUUUUCCGUCUUUAUUCUGAAUUCUUCUUGUGCUUCCUGCUUUCUCAGCAACCUUUCUCUCAAGUAAUCUUUGCCUCUCCUUUUCCAAUAGUUUCUCUUCUAGUUGUUCUUCAAUAAAAGUCUCCUCCUCCCUCCUCCCCUCCGCCUCUCCCUACCCUCCCCUCUU